UGCAAUAAAAAUUGCUGGUUGCAUUUUUGUGGAUCAAAUGGCGGCGCCCCUAAAGCAUGCAGUUUACAUGCGUAUGUGAGGAAUUUCGUGAUUACAAUCUCUUAUUGUAACAUACUAUUGAAUGUUUAACUGUUUACUUGUUCUUUUUUUAUUUCUGUUUACCGUUAACUUGUUUUUAUUUAAAAAUAAAAUUCAGUGUUGCCAACGAAACUGCAAACUUGAUCACCUCUUUAGUAGUUCUAACUGUUUGUGUUUGUGCAAAAUAUGGAUGAAAUAUUAGAUGUGGCCGCUUUUGGUGGUAUAAAUUGCAAAGAACUGGAAGAUGGCAUUCUGCACCACAUUUUCAUAAAACGUCGAUGUUAUUAUGUAAGAGAGAUAAGAAAUGUAACAAUUCCAUAACCUCAAAAAUCAGUAUUUACACAGUGGGACAUUAGAACUAAUUUUUAGCAAUUUUGUUUCUUAUAGAUUUAUAAUCUAUCCAUCAAACUAACGAAGUUAUUUAACAAAUAACACAGUGUUCACAAAAAAUGCAAUUUUUUCAUAAAAUUAAGUGAUGACGUCACGGUAGCCAUGUUGAUUGAAUCACGUUCCAAAUAAACAAUUUGGAACGCUUGUUUUUUGACUUAACACUACUUGAAAGUUGCUUUAUUUUAUAAAUUCUCAUUAAGUAAGUUUAUAUGUAAAAUAGUUUCAAGAAAUUUUGCUAAAAUCAUGCUUGUUUAUUCUUUAACAAGGGUUUGAAGAUAAUUAAGGAUAGGUUUAUUGUUUACUUCUAUAUUACAUGACAUGUAUGUAAUAUAUGUGUAAUAUUCGUACUAUUACUUCUUACUUAAGCAUUUUUUCUUUGUUUAUAUUUUGUAAUUUUGUUUUCUCCUGUAAUUGGCUUUCUGUCCAUUAGAACUAUAGUUAUUAUUAUUAUAAUGGUUAUGUGUUUUGUACACACAUGUAAACACUAUAGUGAACGACAUCAAUGUAAAUAUUUUGUGUUUCCUAAAGAUCCUAAGGAAUUAAGAAAAUGGCUUAAGUUAAUCAGACGCAAAGAUCGGAAGCCUAGUAAACAUUCUCGAAUUUGUCAAUGCCAUUUUCUCAAUGGUGACCGAAAAAAUGGCCCAACUAUUUUUAACCAUAAUAUGUGGAACCAAUUCAAAAAGGAUAGUAAACGGCAAAAAAUUAGAGACAUUGAUCAACCAAGCCCAUUAAUGAUAAAGCAGCGAGGUGAUUCCCCGGAGUUAUCAUCUGAUGAGGAGGCAGCAGAAGUGAUGCCUGAAGUGCCCUGUAAAAGAGAAAAAAGGUCUUCAUCAACUGAAACAUCUUCAACAUCCGAAAUGAUAACACAACAGUUAGCAAUUAAAACAGAAGUGGUGUCUGAUAAUGAGAUAGAUAGUUGCACAAAAAUUGAACAAUUUUUUGAUGAAGUGGAAGAUAAUACUUUAAUUGAAGUAAAAACCGAAAUAUCAGAUGUAGAAUUAGAGUCACGUUUUAUUUCGAGGGCAACUUCCGUUUCGCCAGAUCACAUGCAUGAAAGUGAAGAGAUCAUUAAAUGUAGAAAAAAGAUUGAAGAUCUUGAGCAGAUACGACAACGCCAAUCCAAGAAGAUCAGAGAGUUAGAAAAUUUAUUGCGAUAUUACACAAGUUUUUGUACAUGGUUGUUCUUCGAAAGAAGUAGUGCUGAAAGUAUCCAAAGACCCUACACAGUAUCAGCCAUGGAGAAAUACCUGCAAAAUAACAUCAAAAAAUUAUUUUUUUUUACAAUUUGUGAGAACGAAAAAAUCAAAGCCCAGCAAUUGUUACAAAGUAACAAGAAAUCCGAUUUUUUGUGAUGUUGGUGGCGUUAAUAAUUAGCAUCAAAACAAUAAUAGUCAUUAUAUGAAAUUUUGUUCUCGCACAAAUUGUCGUAUUUUUGUACAAACCUUCUUAAAUCAUCUUUGGGCGCCAUUUG